CCACCACAGUUGUAUUUCGCGCGCAUUUGCAUGCAGCAGGUGUCAAGGACUACAUCAAUCCAUUCAUUGAGGAAAGUGGCAACGUUGAGGUAGAAAUGGCUGAAUCGAUGCUCAUCUUGAGAAUGUGUUCCAUAAUGCUGGUCCUUGGUUUUUCAGAGUCCAAAAUGCAAAUCAUCUCCCACACAGCAGAUGUGUUACUGGGUGAGAAUUCCAUGCUCCUCUGCAAAGCUGGUGGGGAAGGAGAGAUCACCUGGCAGAAAGAUGGAGAGGAUGCUGAAGAUGAACAGUUUCAGAAAGUGGAUGAGACAUCGUCAAAACUGUUCAUCAGGAAUGCCAAGAUGGAGGAUGCAGGACGGUACACAUGCCUCUGUGAAUUUGAGACAGGUCACAGAGAUAAUGUAUCCUUGACCAUCUUUGUCUACGAGCGGCCAUCCUUCGGGCAAACACCGGUCUACCAUGAGUUCCUGGAGGGUCAAGAUGCGGUUAUCACCUGCAUGGUCACUGGCAAGCCGGGGGUGGAAGUCAACUGGGAGAGGGACCAUCAGAAACUGCACUCUGACGCAGGUCGGAUCACAAGACUGAAAGACAACUCUCUACAGAUCAAGAACAUCAACAGGAAGGAUCAUGGAUCCUAUACCUGUGAGGGCAAAAUCAAGGACCGGCACAUUUCCGAAAAGAUCGUCAUCACCAUUUUUGUCAACGUUCCUCCCACAGUGAAGAUCCAUGAGGAGGUGAAGAAUGUCAUGGCCGGACCAAAGACCAAUGUCUCCCUCAGUUGCCUGGUCGAGGGAGUCCCCCAACCGAACAUCACCUGGACAACCCCAGACUCUUCAGAUGAGUCCCGCUACAAGUACAACUCAGACAAGAGUGAGCUGAUUAUCUCGUCCGUAGUCAGGAGUGACUAUGGAGAGUACAUCUGCACGGCCAAGAAUAAGAUCGCAGAGAGCAGUGCCAUGAUCAUGCUGGAUGUCUCAGAGCGUCCUGGAGCAAUGCUGAGCCAGGAGAAGAUGGAGGUGGAGCCUGGCCAGACACUCUCAGUGUCCUGUAACGUCUCAGGACACCCUAUGCCCGCGCUGCAGUGGGUCAGGAAGACCAACAAUGACCACCUCAUAAAAGUGGACGCUGGUGGAGGUCGAGUGAGAAUGGAGGAUGGCUAUGUCCUGGUCAUUGACAAUGUGACACCCUCUGAUGGAGGGCUAUACAGCUGCAUGGCUAUCAGUCCUGUUGGCAACACCUCCACAGACUUCAGCCUGCAGACCUGGCCAGGUAAAGCAUCCCAGGUGAGUGGCACCCCAGGGCCCACAUCGGUCCACUUCACCAUGGGGGCUUCCCUGGUGGACGGGGGCUCUCCCAUCACCAACUUCAUCCUCCAGUGGAAGACAGGAAGUGAGAACAAUUGGCAGGAGAGAGUCAUCCAGUCCACAGACCCCCUGGUGAUCACACAUCUGUUUCCCUACACCUCCUACUCUGUCCGAUUUGCCCCUCAGAACAACCUGGGUCAGGCAGGUUUCUCAGACGAGCUCACCGUCCGCACACAGGGCAUACGGGAACCAGAUAGCCCGUUCCUGGUGGCCAGCGAGGGGAAGGUUGAGGGCAAUAUGUUCUCAAUCCCUUUAACGCAGUUGGACAACGGAGGCUCCCCCAUUAUCCACUACAUUGUCCGCUACAGAGUGAAUAAGGUGGACAAGGACUGGAGGCAGAAGGACCUGCCAUCCAACUCGACAGUGAUCAACCUCCAUGACCUGCAGUAUAAUUCAGACUACCACAUGGAGGUGCUAGCCGUCAACCCCAACGGCUCCUCCAGCCCCGCCAAGCUCAACUUCAACAUCCCACAGCCUGUAGCCAAGAUGAAUCAGGGUGGGAUGGGCAAAGGGGCUGUGGCAGGCAUUGUCAUGCUCAUCUUCUUGGUGCUACUGAUCGCCAUGGAUGCCACCUGUUGCUAUACCAACCGCUGCGGCAUGCUGAUGUUCUUGGCUGUCAAGCUGUUUGGGCAGAAGGUCCCUGGGAUGAAGACUGUGGAGGAGGGUGACGGCAUCUCUAAUGGAGACUUGAAGUUGAAUGGGCUAGGCAUACCGAGGGAUAGCAUCCCAAAACUGCAGACACAAGAUGUGGCAAAGAAUGGGUUGCAGGCGGAGGUCACGUGCGACAAAGCGCCCCUCACCAAAUUCGAGAAAACGUCCCCCAAUGGAGAUCCUGCCACAGAGGCCUGAGUUACUGAACAGGAAGUGACAUCAUAGUAUCUGAAGAAUGGAACCCGUAAAUGCCAAAGUUGAAAGGAGGAAGUAUUGUGAGUUGGGGGUCUUAGUUAAAUGUUUUUUGAGAGUUCCCAAGACAGUCCAAGUUGAGAAAGAAAAAGGAUUAGGAAAGUUAUCUGUGAACUCUAAUGUCUAACAUCAACAGACGGUUGUAAUUUCAUCCAACCCUGUGCAAUCUCAUGUUAAGUGUUACGUUUCCCUGAUUUUAUAUUUCAGUACAUUCAUGUUAUAUUUCAGCUCUUUAAGGCUGCUGUAAAUUGUCAGGGAGACCUUCGUAGUUUAUGAAUUGAAUCAUAACUCAUUAUUUAUUGAAGUCUAUAUUCACUUUAAUCUGCAAAAAAUCUGUAAGUGACAUAUCAUUAUUUAAUAAGGACAGUUUAUCCUAACAUAUUAACAUAUUUCCACAUUCAAUAUACAGUAUCCAGCAUAAUCACAUUAACAAAUAACAACGUGUCAAAAUUACAUCUCUUCAAGGAUUGUAAUCAUGACAAAUAUACAGAACUCUUAUAUAUUACAGAGAAAUAUGAUAUGCUUAUUCUUUUAAUAAUCUGUUGUUAAAUUGCAUUCCCUGUGUGCUCAUGUAAUCGUUUUAUGUUUGUAUUUGUAUAAUACUGUUUAUUUUGUAAAUUGUACACUGUACAUUGUUUGUAUAUACACAUGCAGUAUAACAGCUAUGUAUUUAGCUAUUUUAAAAAAUUGACUUAAAAACAUGCUUGUUUUCAUUCACUUUUCUUGAGAUGACCAUACUGUAGGCCAGGACUGCCCAACCCUGUUCCAGGAGAGCUACCGUCCUGUAGGUUUUUGCUCCAACCCUAAU